AACAAUAUGGCGACAUCCGCAAUUUCUUACGAAUUUAUUCGACAUCUGCAGUCCAGGGAGGGAUUUUUGGAUACCCGCUAACGUGUUCAUAAACUGGCUGUCGUGGAGGGUACAUAACAGAAGAAGAAGUUGCUGCAGGAUGAAAAUAUGGCUGCAUCCCUUUUUGCACCACCAGGACCUGACAGCUUCAAAUACUUUACCAGGGAAUCUCUGUGUGAAAUUGAGAAGCGCAUUACCGAGGAGAAAGCCAAGCCACCACCUAAGCCAGACAGCAGUUACCGCGACGAUGAUGAUGAGAACAAGCCCAAGCCCAACAGUGACCUGGAGGUGGGUAAGAGUCUGCCCUUCAUCUAUGGAGACAUCCCUCGUGGCAUGGUGGCAACGCCACUGGAGGACUUGGAUCCUUUCUACAUGAAUAAGAAAACAUUUAUAGUGCUAAAUAGAGGGAAAACAAUCUUCCGCUUUAGUGCCACACCUGCCUUGUACAUGAUAAGCCCUUUUAAUCUUGCUAGGCGAAUAGCUAUUAAAAUUUUGAUACAUUCAGUAUUCAGCAUGUUCAUUAUGUGUACAAUUUUGACCAACUGUGUGUUCAUGACGUUUAGUAACCCUCCCGAGUGGUCCAAACAAGUAGAGUACACCUUCACUGGAAUUUAUACACUUGAAUCAGCUGUAAAAAUCAUUGCCCGUGGAUUCUGUAUAGAUAGCUUCACAUUCCUUAGAGAUCCAUGGAACUGGCUGGAUUUCAUGGUCAUCUCAAUGGCAUAUGUAACUGAGUUUGUGGACCUGGGGAAUGUAUCAGCGUUGAGAACAUUCAGAGUUCUCCGAGCAUUGAAAACUAUCUCUGUCAUUCCAGGUCUGAAGACCAUUGUUGGUGCUUUGAUCCAGUCGGUGAAGAAGCUGUCAGAUGUGAUGAUCCUUACAGUGUUCUGCCUCAGUGUCUUUGCCCUCAUUGGUCUGCAGCUCUUCAUGGGAAAUCUGCGACACAAGUGUGUCAUCUGGCCCAUCAACAUGACAGAAAUGUACCACGGCAAUGGCAGCCAUGCCUUCAAAUGGGAGGAGUACAUCAUGAAUGAGACCAAUUUCUACUUCCUACCUGGUGCAUUGGAUGCUCUUUUAUGUGGAAACAGCUCUGAUUCAGGUCGCUGUCCUGAAGGCUACACAUGCAUGAAGGCUGGUCGCAAUCCAAACUAUGACUACACCAGCUUUGACAGCUUUGGCUGGGCUUUCCUGGCUCUCUUCCGUCUCAUGACGCAGGACUUUUGGGAGAACUUGUACCAGCUGACCCUACGAGCAGCAGGGAAGACCUACAUGAUUUUCUUUGUGUUGGUGAUAUUUGUCGGCUCGUUUUACCUUGUGAAUCUGAUCCUGGCUGUGGUGGCCAUGGCAUAUGAGGAGCAGAACCAGGCCACUAUAGAAGAGGCGGAGCAAAAGGAGGUGAAGUUUAAAGCCAUGCUGGAACAGCUGAAGAAACAUCAGGAGGAGAUGCAGGCUAAUGCCAUGGCGACAUCAGCAGGUACAGCGUCUGAAGAUGCGGUGGAGGAUGAUGGUGAAGAAGGAGGGAACUUGUCCUGCAGCUCCUCUGAGAUGUCUAAACUCAGUUCCAAGAGUGCUAAAGAGCGACGCAACCGCAAGAAGAAGUGGCGACAGAAAGAGCAGGAUAAGGAAAAAGGGGACAGCGAGAAGUUUGUUAAAUCUGAAUCAGAUGAUGGAAGCAGAAGGAGCAGAUUCCACUUCCCUGACAACCGGUUAGGGCGUAAGGGCUCUAUUAUGAACCAGUCUCUGCUUAGUAUCCCUGGCUCACCAUUCCUUUCGAGGCGUAACAGCAAGAGCAGCCUCUUCAGCCGCUGUAAGGACGGAGGCUCAGAGAACGAGUUUGCGGAUGAUGAACACAGCACAGUUGAAGAGUAUGAUGAGCGGCGCGAUUCAUUCUUAAGCCCGCAGCGUCGCAGCAGCUACACGGGCUACUAUGGCAAGCACAACUGCACUGUGGAUUGCAAUGGAGUGGUUUCUCUCAUCGGGCCGGGGCCUGGUGGACGCCUACUGCCUGAGGUGAUAAUAGAUAAGGCAGCUACUGACGAAAGCCCAGCCACUGAUAUUGAGGUUAAGAAGAAACUCUCAGGAUCUCUAAUGGUUUCUGUGGAGCAGCUAAACACAUCAUUUGGGCGCAAGGAGCGAGCCAACAGUGUCAUGAGUGCUCUAACCAACACAUUAGUUGAGGAACUGGAAGAGUCUCAAAGGAAGUGUCCACCAUGCUGGUACAAGUUUGCCAACACCUUUCUUAUCUGGGAGUGCAGCCCUACAUGGAUAAAGAUUAAGGAGAUUGUGAACCUGAUUGUGAUGGACCCUUUUGUGGAUUUGGCUAUCACCAUUUGUAUUGUGCUCAAUACUCUCUUCAUGGCCAUGGAGCAUUAUCCUAUGACUGAGCAAUUUGAACAUGUGCUUAGUGUUGGAAACCUGGUGUUUACUGGUAUUUUUACUGCUGAAAUGUUUGCCAAACUGGUUGCAAUGGACCCUUACUACUACUUCCAGGAGGGCUGGAACAUCUUUGAUGGCUUCAUUGUGAGCUUGAGUUUGAUGGAGUUGGGAUUGGCUGAUGUGGAAGGUCUCUCUGUGCUGAGAUCAUUCAGAUUGCUAAGAGUGUUUAAGCUGGCCAAGUCAUGGCCUACCCUCAACAUGCUGAUAAAGAUCAUUGGAAAUUCAGUAGGAGCUCUGGGAAACCUGACGCUGGUGUUGGCCAUCAUCGUCUUCAUUUUUGCAGUGGUGGGCAUGCAACUGUUUGGGAAGAGCUACAAGGACUGUGUGUGUAAGAUCUCUAAGGAUUGUGAGCUGCCCCGCUGGCACAUGAACGACUUCUUUCACUCUUUCCUAAUCGUGUUCCGGGUGCUAUGUGGAGAAUGGAUUGAGACCAUGUGGGACUGUAUGGAGGUGGCUGGACAAACCAUGUGUCUCAUUGUUUUUAUGAUGGUCAUGGUCAUUGGAAACUUGGUGGUCUUGAAUCUAUUCCUUGCCUUGCUGCUGAGCUCAUUCAGCGCAGACAACCUGGCAGCUUCCGAUGAUGAUGGUGAGAUGAACAACCUGCAGAUCUCAGUGAUCCGCAUUAAGAAGGGAAUUGCCUGGGUGAAGGCCAAAGUUCGGGAACUGGUAAACAUCAUCCUCAGAAGGCAGGUCACAGACGAGGCUAAGCCAUUAGACGAAAUGUACGACCGUAAGCUGAACUGCAUUGCUAAUCACAUGGGUGUAGACAUCAGCCGUGACCUGGACUAUCAGAAAAAUGGCAACGGAACCACAAGUGGUAUUGGCAGUAGCGUGGGCAAGUACAUGAUUGACGAUGACCACAUGUCCUUCAUACACAACCCCAACCUGACUGUAUGUGUGCCCAUUGCCGUGGGCGAGUCGGACUUUGAGAAUCUCAACACAGAAGAUUUCAGCAGCGAGUCUGAGGCAGAGGGAAGCAAAGAAUUGGAUGAAAUUAGCUCAUCGGAAGGCAGCACCAUAGAUAUUAAACCAGAGGUAGAGGAAGCAGUGGUUGUGGAGGCAGUAGAAGAAUAUGUUGACCCAGAAGCUUGCUGGACUGAUGCUUGUGUGGCCCGUUACAAGUGUUGCGAUGUGCCCAUCACGGAGGGUUGGGGAAAGAACUGGUGGUUCCUCCGGAAGACUUGCUAUCUCAUUGUGGAGCACAACUGGUUUGAAACCCUCAUCAUCUUUAUGAUCCUCCUCAGUAGUGGAGCAUUGGCCUUUGAGGAUGUGUACAUUGAACAGAGGAAGACUAUCCGUGUCAUCCUGGAGUAUGCUGAUAAGGUGUUCACCUACAUCUUCAUACUGGAGAUGUUGUUAAAGUGGGUGGCCUAUGGUUUUGUCAAGUACUUUACCAAUGCUUGGUGCUGGCUGGACUUCUUCAUUGUUGACGUGUCUAUAGUCAGCCUUAUAGCUAAUGCGCUUGGCUACUCCGAUCUAGGGCCCAUUAAAUCACUCAGGACACUAAGGGCCCUGAGACCCCUCAGAGCAUUGUCACGUUUUGAAGGGAUGAGGGUUGUAGUCAACGCCUUGGUGGGUGCCAUCCCUUCCAUUAUGAAUGUGUUGCUGGUUUGCCUCAUCUUUUGGCUGAUUUUCAGUAUUAUGGGCGUCAACCUGUUUGCGGGCAAGUAUUACUACUGCUUCAACGCGACCUCUGAGCAAUACUUCCUACCCGAAGAGGUCAACAACAAAUCACAGUGCUUGGAAUUGAAAGAACAGAACUUCACUGAGGUGCGCUGGAAGAAUGUCAAAAUUAACUUUGACAAUGUUGGCGCUGGUUACUUGGCUCUACUUCAAGUGGCAACCUUCAAGGGAUGGAUGGACAUCAUGUAUGCAGCAGUUGACUCACGAAAGGUGGAAGACCAACCCAAAUAUGAGGACAACAUCUACAUGUAUAUCUACUUUGUCAUAUUCAUUAUAUUUGGCUCCUUCUUCACCCUCAACCUCUUCAUUGGUGUCAUCAUUGAUAACUUCAACCAGCAGAAGAAAAAGUUUGGAGGUCAGGACAUCUUUAUGACAGAGGAACAGAAGAAGUACUACAAUGCUAUGAAGAAGCUUGGCUCCAAGAAACCUCAGAAACCCAUACCUAGACCCCAGAACAAGCUCCAGGGGAUGGUGUUUGACUUUGUUACACAGCAGGUCUUUGAUAUUUCUAUCAUGAUCCUCAUCUGUUUGAACAUGGUCACCAUGAUGGUUGAGACAGAUGAUCAGUCACUGGAGACUGAAAACAUCCUCUACUGGAUCAACUUCAUCUUCAUUGUGUCCUUCACUUCUGAGUUUGUCCUUAAGCUCUUCGCUCUGCGUCAUUAUUACUUUACCAAUGGCUGGAAUAUCUUUGACUGUGUUGUGGUUAUUCUUUCUAUCGUGGGUAUGUUCCUGGCAGACUUGAUUGAGAAGUACUUUGUGUCACCAACAUUGUUCAGGGUAAUCCGGCUAGCUCGAAUUGGACGCAUCUUGCGUCUGAUCAAAGGGGCAAAGGGCAUUCGUACUUUAUUGUUUGCCCUGAUGAUGUCGCUGCCUGCCCUUUUUAAUAUUGGCCUUCUACUUUUCUUAGUCAUGUUCAUCUUUUCUAUCUUUGGCAUGUCAAAUUUUGCCUAUGUAAAGCGGGAGGCUGGCAUAGAUGACAUGUACAAUUUUGAAACAUUUGGAAAUAGUAUGAUCUGCCUGUUCAUGAUAACCACCUCGGCGGGGUGGGAUGGUCUUCUGGCUCCUAUUCUUAACUAUGAUCCAGACUGCGACCCAAAUAAGGAGAAUCCAGGUACAACAGUGAAAGGUGACUGCGGAAACCCUUCGGUGGGCAUCUUCUUUUUUGUCAUGUACAUCAUUGUGUCUUUCCUCAUUGUGGUUAACAUGUAUAUUGCCAUCAUUCUGGAGAACUUCAGUGUUGCCACAGAAGAGAGUUCUGACCCACUAUGUGAGGAUGACUUUGAAUCCUUCUAUGAGAUUUGGGAGAAGUUUGAUCCCACUGCAUCCCAGUUUAUCACUUUCGCCAAGCUGGGUGACUUUGCCGACACUCUGGAGCACCCGCUGCGCGUUCCCAAGCCCAACACUAAAGAGCUAAUCGCCAUGGACCUGCCCAUGGUGAGCGGCGACCGCAUUCACUGCCUAGACAUCUUGUUUGCCUUCACCAAACGUGUGCUGGGUGAUAGUGGCGACCUGGACAUGAUGCGGCAACAGAUGGAGGAGCGCUUCAUUGCUGCCAAUCCUUCCAAAGUGUCUUUUGAGCCAAUUACCACUACUCUGCGCCGUAAGCAGGAGCAUAUGUCUGCCGCAGUCAUCCAGCGUGCUUACCGUGCCCAUCUUAUUCGACAAGGCUUCAUUUGCAAGCGGUUGCUCAGCAGCAGGCUGGAGAAUGGUGGGACCAAUCAGGACAAGAAGGAGGGCACGCCUUCUACUGCCUCUUUGCCAUCCUAUGAUAGCGUGACCAAUCCUGAGAAAGAGAAGUUAGAGGAGAGUGAAGGCAAGGGCAAAAAACAAAAAGAUGUCAAGGAAUCCAAGUGUUAGGAAUGAUGGUGUAGUAAGAUAGAACUAAGUCGACACUGAAACUUUUAUUCUAACAAGUGUAUAGAAAAAAAUAAUUUGCAACAAAAUGCAGAAAAUCUUCAGAAAAAAAGUUGUUUACAGACAACAAAACCGUUGUUCAAAGAUGCACCAGAAGCAACUUGAUUUUUACCAAUUUAAUGAUGACCAAACCAACCUAUGAGCUUACUGUGCAACAUGUGUUCAGUAACCAAGAUUUUACUAUUCUAACUGCAGCUGACAAGGCAUAUAAAAUGAGACACUAAAUUGUGACCUAAGGCAGACACCUGCCAAAUGUGUAAAAAGAGACGUUAAAGCUCAUAAGGAUUCCUUUGCACCACCAUGUGUGGAGUUCACAUUCCUCCUCUACGGAUAUCCCUUUUAAACACUACACUGCCGAAAUCCAAUGGAAACCUCAUGAGAAAUCUUUCUCAUCAAAGGAGGAUUCUGGAAUGUUUUGUUUUAACCAUAGGAGAACCAGUAAUAACAAUGUUAACUCAAUCAUUUGGCAUGUCUGCAGGAAAAAAAAAAAACACAAAACAUUAUGCAAGGGUUUUUAGUUGUUUGUGGUGAAUAUAUCUUCCCCUUAUUUGACCCAAAAAAGAGUAAGUAAAAAAAAAUUCAGCCCAUGCCAUUCAUCUUGUCAUCAUCUCUUUGUUAUACUUGCAGAAAAAAUACAUUUUAUACAUGGGCUUUCAGAUUGAUGUUGGGUUGGGGGAUUAUCAGAGUUUUGACUUGGGCUGAAAGGGACUUACUCAAAUAGAGUUCCAGAUAAAUAAAUAAUAAAGUGCUUGUUCAAUGCAUAGAGAUGACUUGCAUGGUGGCAUGUUUUGAUCAUGAGUCAUGCAUGUAAAUCAUAGUCCAUUUGGCACUGCUACUCAAACCACAUAAUUGUAUUGGCCAUACAUUGGAUACUGUCCACUAGUAAUUAAAUUAAAUAGAAAUAGCUGGGAAAUGAUCGGUCAAUUGUAACAUAUUUAACUACUGGCUAUGACAAGGAUAUUUGUACUUACCCCUCAUAACACUUGCUUCCUGAUUAACCAAUUCUCACACCAUGCGUUGUGAGUAUUUUAAGGUGGUACAAUGUGGCAAAUGUAAAGAGCCGAGACACAUUUGUAUACCCAUUGAGGUGUUUCACUGCCAGAUGGAGGAAAGGUUGUAAUGUUUGGAAUGAUGAGCUAAUUUGAAGAAAGAUUACACUGAAAUCAAAUCUUGGGUUCAUAAACCUUGAUUUGUUACUGUGCACCAGCAAUACAAAAUGAUUCAACUACCCCUUAAUAUGCAGCUGAGGUUCCAGUAGGUUCUUAAAUAUGUCUUCAGAAGGUACAGCUACAAUGCCAUUUAAAUCCUUACAAGGCUUUCAGUCUGUCGGGACCAGACCUCAAUGAUAGGCAAUGCAAUCUUUUUGGAAAUAGUUGUCUUCAUGUUCAUACAUACUCAUGUUUACCAUAAAGGGUUUGCCAGUUUUGUUAGCAUCUUGUUUUGUUUGUUUCCCUAUUGAAUGAUCAAGUGAUGUUUAGAGUACUUGGUAAAGACCAGAAAAGAGCUUGGAUACAGCAUAUACUCUGGCCUUAUUCAGAAGAAAAGUUUUGGAUUGAAGUGAUGAGUACUUGUGUGGUCCCUUAGCAUGAUGUUUAUCUCAGUGAGAAAUGAUGAUGAUUUUCACCUAUACUGGAAUUUGACAUGAUUUGUUUUUUUUCUUGUACUACACAGGGCAACACUAAAUUGCAACCUCUUGAGCAAACUGCCAUCCCUUCUUGCUAUGGGUGCAAAAGAAAUUGAUUAGAUUUACAGUAUUUCUUUUCUUGAGAGCAUUUCCAGUAUUGAUUACUUUCUCACUCUGUAAGGAUGAAUACAUAUUCAAGUGUGGGAUAGCCAAGUAUCUGUGCAUAGGGUGUUAAUGUGGACCACAGACAACAUGAUACAGUGCUCAUUUCAAACUUCUGGCAAAUGUACACCACCAGAGCCAGUGUUUUCUGAGUGUGCUGGAGCGAGCACAUGACCAGUUUACAAACCCACUCCCUGUACUUCUCAGACCUAUCUGUAGGUCUGCUUACUGCCUAGGGUCUCCAAACCAGUGUGUGUGCUGUGAACCAUAUGAAACCCAGUGAAACACUUAGACUACCAUGUAGUUUUCCUCCAAACCCCAUUUUAGAUUAGAUGUAAAGGGGGAACAUUUUUAAGAUCUCUCUCACUCACUGUACGACAAUUUAAUCUAUAAUUUAAUGUAUAGAAGGGGGCUAUGAUGUACAUGGCACAAUUAAUGAAAAGUUAAGCAUUAACUUUUUGAGGAAAACUAUAAGCAUUGUAAUAUAUUAUUUAUUUUGGCAUGAUUUGUUGUGGGUUUUGUAAAUACAGAAUUUUAAAGAUUUACUGCUAUUAAUCUAAUAAUAAAUUAUAACAAUGAUAUAGAAUGGCUUCCAGCUGUCCAAGACUUCCCUUGUCACAUAUCAUGUUUUUUUUUCUAACAUUUUUCACUUUUAGUAAAGUAAAUUGAAUGAUAUACUGUAUCAAUGAUGCUCUAUUAGACAGUAUAUAUAUUUUAUACAUAUACAUAAACACACACAGGUGGCCAAGUUUGGAAUAAUGUACAGAUUUUGCUCUCAUGGAAAGAAAAUUGUACUUUUAUUCACCAAAGUGGCAUUCAACUGAUCACAAUCUAUAGUCAGGACAUUAAUAAUGUUUAAAAUUACUUAAACUACUUCAAAGAGUUCUCAUAAAAACAUCCUCCGUGUGAAGCUGUCAGUUUGUCCAGAUACUCAGGUGACAUUUCACCCCACAUUUCCUGUAGCACUUGCCAUAGAUGUGGCUGUCUUGUCAUGCACCUUACAGUCUAGCUGAUCCCACAAAAGCUCAAUGGGGUUCAGAUCAUAACACUCUUUUCCAAUUAUCUGUUGUCCAAUGUCUGUGUUUCUUUGCCCACUCUAACUUUUUUCUGUUUAAAAAGUAUCUUUUUCUUUGCAAUUCUUCCUAUAAGGCCUGCACCCCUGAGUCUUCUCUUUACUGUUGUACAUGAAACUGGUGUUGAGCAGGUAGAAUUCAAUGAAGCUGUCAGCUGAGGACAUCUGAGGCAUCUAUUUCUCAAACUAGAGACUCUGAUGUACUUAUCCUCUUGUUUAGUUGUACAUUUGGCCUUCCACCUCUCUUUCUGUCCUUGUUAGAGUCAGUUGUCCUUUAUCUUUGAAGACUGUAGUGUACACCUUUGAAUGAAAUCUUCCAAAUGUUUUUUUGGCAUUUUCAAGCAUCGUAUAGCCUUCAUUCCUCAAAACAAUGACUGACUGAUGAGUUUCUAGAGAAAUAUGUUUCUUUUUUUUUGUUGCCAUUUUUGACAUAAUAUUGACCUUAAGACAUGCCAGUCUAUUGCAUACUGUGGCAACUCAAAAACAAACAUAAAGACAAGCAUUUAGCAUGAUUACUCAAGGAUAAGGUGUUGGAGUGUUGGCUGCUGUAAAUGGGGUCUGUCUAGAUUUGAUCAAAAAUGUAUUGUUCCAAAUAGUGAUGGUGCUGUUUUUUUACAUCAGUAAUGUCUUGACUAUACUUUGUGAUCAGUUAAAUGCCAUUUUGGUGAUUUAAAGAACCAAUUUCUUUCCAAAACAGAAUAAUCUGUACAUUAAUCCAAACUUUUGGCCGCCAGUGUAUGUGUGUGUGUGUGUGUGUAUGUGUAUAUAUAUAUAUAUAAAAGGAUAUACAAAUGAGCACUGUAACAUUUAAUUUAUAUGCAACAUGUCCAGUGGAUGUCAAAAAAUGUAUGUUAUCAGUGCUGCUUUGAUAUUUUAACCUGAUACUGUAUGAUGAGAGGGUUAUGCUCAAGCACACCUCUGUAUUCUUUGUUUUUAUUGACACUCAUACAAUAACAUUUACACAAAAAUGCACACGAAUGCUCAGUCCUGCCUAUGGACAUUUUUUAGUCACCCACCCCAGCCUGAAAUUCAAAAAACAGUCACAGAGUUGGUCAUGUAUUCUACUCUAAACGCCUCUCCAAACACUUCAGUGACGAAACUCGUGGGCCUGAACAACAGUUUUGUAUCCAUUUCUUAUACGGAUUUUAUGUGUUUCAGUGGUCUGUUUUUUACUAGUUCUACUUCACUAAUUGUUGUGUGCCUUUUUUCUGCAUUUUCUCUAUGUUCCUACAUUUUCUAAAUUGCAUUUUAUGGCAAUUUUGGAGGAUGUGCCAUAUUUAACAUUUCGUUUAUGGAGGGGAAAGAGAGGAGAAAAAAUGGAGCACAAUGCAAAUCAGGGACGAUAGUCUGAACCAGGCAUCUUGUUUACUGCCUGAGGAGUACUGAAAACAAACCAAGAAUCAAGCCCACUUCUUCUAGAUUUGAUGUUACAAAAUCUUCUGAUGUUCUGUUUUCUGUACUUUGUGCAUCAACCACUUGGCUUGUAAAAAGAAUAGCUUGCCUUCAGACUUUUGUGUUCUUUUCAUCUUUGAAACUCACUUUUGUAUCAAUAUUCAGUUACUGGACUUCCAUUUUUAGCAUGACUAAAAUGCUUUUCCAUUUUGCUGAAAAGAUUUCAAAAGUGCUUUUCAAACUGUUGUUUUGUUUAAAUGUGUUGUAGGAGAACAUAUAAUUGUGUGUAUGGCACAACCACUGGAACUCUUAGUAAGAACAUAUAAAAGAUUGUCUUCAUUUGAGCACGAAACAUUUUAUUAACAAUAAAGCAGCCUA